GCCUGUAAAUUUUGUGAAAAAAUUUUAAAAUUGAUGAAAAAAAUCAUAAAAAUUUAAUAAAAUUUCAGUUAAAAAUAUACUAAAACUAGUGUAUUAGUUAAAUAACAUGAAUUUUCACUAAAUGUCAAUAAAAUUUAUGAAAAAAAACCAAAAUAUUUCAACAUAAAGUAUACAGCAACAAAGAAUGAUGGCUAGACGUGGAGGGAAACGUAUAAGAAUGGAUGAUCCGCCUCCUGAUUACGAGGAGCAAGGGGAAAAUCUAAAUGACUCUAUAUCUGAUGGUGAUAGUCCCACUAAACGUAUGACACGCUUGAGAGCUCGUGGUGGUGUACGCGAUAAGCCUCCCAUUAUCGAUGAAGACGAAGAUGAUUUCUUUGCACCUGUGGUGCGUAAACGUAAAGCUCAAGCUCCACGCAAACCACCCGGAGAGGGUACCGGUCGUCGUGAGAAAAUUGAUCGACCACGCAAGGAACAUAUCGAUAAAGAACAAGAACGUAUUGAUAUGGAACGAGAUGUUACAACAGAUGAGAAUAGUUUGUACUUUAUAGUAAGACAUUCCAAAUCACCCAUUGCCAGUAUAGUAGACGAUUGGAUAGAACAAUAUAAAAUAAAUAGGGAUACAGCUUUGAUAGCUUUAUUGCAAUUUUUCAUUAAUGCUAGUGGUUGUAAGGGUAAAAUACCCGAAGAUACCGAACAUCCUAUGGAUCAUACAGCUGUUAUUCGUAAAAUGACAGAAGAAUUUGAUGAGGAAAGCGGUGAAUAUCCUUUGAUUAUACCGGGUCAACAAUGGAAAAAAUUCAAAAUGAAUUUUUGUGAUUUUGUACAGACUUUAGUAAAACAAUGUCAAUAUUCUAUAAUCUAUGAUCAGUUUCUAAUGGAUAAUGUUAUUUCACUAUUGACCGGUUUGUCUGAUUCUCAAGUAAGAGCCUUUAGGCACACUGCUACAUUGGCAGCCAUGAAACUUAUGACCGCUUUAGUGGAUGUGGCUUUAUUGGUUUCAAAUAAUUUUGAAAAUGCCGCCAAGCAAUAUGAAGCAGAACGUCUUAAGUCCCGUGAUCGUCGUGCUUCAGAUCGUUUAGAGUCAUUAAUGGCUAAACGUGCCGAGCUAGAGGAGAACAUGGAUGAAAUUAAGAACAUGUUAACCUAUAUGUUUAAAUCGGUGUUUGUGCAUCGUUAUCGUGAUACUUUACCCGAUAUUCGAGCUAUUUGUAUGUCUGAAAUUGGUGUUUGGAUGGAGAAUUAUCCUCAAAACUUUUUAGAUGAUUCAUAUCUUAAAUAUAUCGGUUGGACUUUACACGACAAAGUCGGUGAGGUUCGUUUACGUUGUCUUCAAGCUUUAUUGCCUUUAUAUGACAAGGAAGAGCUUAAAGGUAAAUUGGAAUUGUUUACUUCGAAAUUUAAAGAUCGUAUUGUGGCCAUGACUUUGGAUAAGGAAUUUGAAGUGGCUGUACAUGCGGUUAAAUUGGUUAUAAGUAUUUUGAAAAUCCAUCCCGAUAUAUUGGCCGAUAAAGACUGUGAAAUCGUUUAUGAAUUAGUCUAUUCCUCACAUCGUGGUGUUGCCCAGGCUGCUGCCGAUUUCCUUAAUGUACGUCUAUUCCAUUUAACGGCCGAUAUGGAAGAGACUAAAACUAAAAGAGGCAAAUUACGUUUACCCAAUACACCCCUCAUACGUGAUUUAGUACAAUUUAUGAUUGAAUCUGAAUUACAUGAACACGGUGCCUAUUUGGUAGACUCCUUUAUGGAUAAUAACACCAUGGUCAAAGAUUGGGAAUGUAUGACAGAUUUGCUGCUAGAGGAACCGGGACCCAAUGAAGAAGUCUUAGACAAUAAACAAGAAUCUACUUUAAUAGAAAUUAUGGUUAGUAGUGUUAAACAGGCGGCAACGGGAGAAGCUCCAGUUGGGCGAGCCAGUAAUCGUAAAAUAUCCUUAAGUGCUAAAGAACUAAAAGCUAUACAAGAUGAAAAAGUACGUUUAACAGAACAUUUUAUAGUUACUUUGCCAUCUUUAUUGGAGAAAUAUCAAGCGGAUAGUGAGAAAUUAACAAAUUUACUUUCCAUACCACAAUAUUUUGAAUUGGAUAUUUAUACAACAAAUCGUCAGGAAGCUAAUCUACAAAGUUUGCUAGAGAAAAUGAGCUAUAUAAUGUCGGUGCAUACAGAUCGUGAUGUUCUCGAGACUUGUGCCAAAACAUUGGAAUACUUGUGUCGUGAAGGUAGUGCCACUUACACACGUUGCGAUGUUGCUCGCUCGAAUAUCAUUGAUAAUGCUGUAAAUAAAUAUAAAGAUUCCAUUGAAGAUUGGCGUAAUUUAAUUGCUGGCGAAGAAUUACCCAAUGAAGAUGAAAUUUAUAAUGUUAUCAGUUCUUUAAAAGUGGUUUCUAUAUUAUAUUCUUCUCAUAAUUUAAAUCCUUGGAAUCUUUUUGAUUCGUUGUUUCAAGAUGUGGAUGAGUGUCAGUCUAAAGAAAAUCCCGGGCGUAAUUUACCCAAUGAGGCUUUAACCUAUUGCAUAGAGGCCUGUUAUUUCUCUAUAAGUUGGGGUUUGUAUUACAUAGAGAAUCAAUGUGAAACCUCACAAAUACCCGAAGCAGUGGCGGAGUUAAGAAAGAAUCUUGAUAAAUAUAUGUUUGCCUGUUAUGAACUGACACGUGAUGGUCCCACAGAUCAAAUACAAGAAGCGGCCUAUCAAUCUAUUUGUGAUUUAUUAAUAACCUUUUCCGAUCAAUUGUCACGUAAUGAAAAUGUUAAUGUUCGUAGUUUGGAAUACAAAUCCACUUUAGAUGAACAAUUAGUUUUGAAUAAUUUCGUUCAGCAUUAUGUGUUUUCGUUGAAACAUGAAGAUCUUCAAGAUGAAAUUCGUAUUAUGGAAUUGCAUAAGAAACGUAACUUUUUGGCCUCCUACUGUAAGCUGGUUGUCUACAAUAUCAUACCCACUAAAAGUGCUGCGGGCAUGUUUAAAUAUUAUGUAAAAUGCUACAAUGAAUAUGGUGACAUUAUUAAGGCCACUUUGGGCAAGGCUCGUGAAAUCAAUAAAGUUAAUUUUGCCUUAACUUUACUUUUGAGUUUAAUAGCUGUUUUCAAGGAUUUACAAAGUCAAUCGGAAAAUGAAUUGGUCUCAAAGAAUUCUCAUGAAUUUAGUGAACUCAAAGAAUUAGCUAAACGUUUUGCUUUAACUUUUGGCUUUGAUGCGAUUAAAAAUCGUGAACCUAUUAUUGCUUUACAUCGUGCUGGUAUUCUCUUUGCUGUGGGUGAUGUUCCUGAAGAUCCAGUUGCCGCUCCUAAACGUUUACUUUUUCUAGAAGUUCUUAAUGAAUUCAAUCAUAAACUUUUGAAACAGGAUAAAAAGGUUAUUUUGAACUUUUUGGAUCGUCGCAUAUCACCGGGUAUGCCUUCGAGUAAGCCGGAGGAAUAUCAACCGUUGACAUUGUAUCGUAAUAGUUUAGUUCAUGGAGAGACUGAUCAGGCACCAGUGAGUUCGAAGAGGGCGUAUGUACGCAAGAGGCGGGAUCAUGAUGAUGACGAAGAGGACGAGGACUUUGAGGAGGAACAUAAUGAUCCUGAUUAUCGUGGUUAAUUAUCACAUGUGUUAAGACAUAUUUCUAGUUGUAAGUAAGUUAUUAUUUUGUAAUUACAAAUAAGUUGAAUAUUAUUGUAAAAUAUCGAGAAAACCAGAAAGAAUAAAUUAUGUUUAAAAAUUAAACAAUUUUCAACAAAAUAAAAAAACAAUU